UUCCCUCUGCUCUCUCCCCAGCGUUGUGACCGGGACAGACAGAAGCAGUCACAACAUCCCAGGCAGAGGAAGGCAACAUUGGCUGAAAGUAAAUGGGGUAUAAAAGCAGCGUUCGUUGCAGAUUAUUUGGUUCAUUCGUGACCGUGACUGCAUUUUUUCUUGUUGGAUUUAUCAUUGGAUGGUUUGCUAACCCGUCUGAAUAUGAACCAGAAAGAAGAUUGUCUGAUAAUGACCGGAUGAAACUGCUUAAUGAAAUGAAAGCUGAAAAUAUCAGACAGUACCUAAGGAAUUUUACAAAGCUUCCACAUCUGGCCGGUACUGAACAGAACUUGCGUCUGGCCAAGCAGAUUCAGAAAGAGUGGAAGGACUUUGGCCUGGAUUCAGUCGACUUGGUCCACUAUGAUGUCCUGUUGUCCUAUCCCAAUGAAACCAAGCCAAACUACAUCUCAAUCAUCAAUGAACAGGGAACUGAGAUUUUCAAAACCUCUUUGCUGGAGCCACCACCUGUCGGAUAUGAGAGUGUUUCAAAUGUCGUUCCCCCCUACAGCGCCUUCUCUGCAAAGGGUGAACCUGAGGGGGAUUUGGUGUAUGUAAACUAUGGCCGGACAGAGGACUUUUUCAAACUCGAACGUGAGAUGAACAUUAGCUGCACUGGGAAAAUUGUCAUUGCACGAUAUGGAAAAAUCUUCAGAGGAAAUAAGGUGAAGAAUGCUAUCCUGGCUGGUGCGAAGGGGAUUAUCCUGUUUUCAGACCCAGUGGAUUACUGCGCCCCGGGUGUUGAAGUUUACCCCGAUGGCUGGAAUCUCCCUGGAGGAGGAGCUCAGCGGGGCAAUGUGUUGAACCUGAAUGGGGCUGGGGAUCCUCUAACACCAGGCUAUCCAGCCAAGGAGUAUACCUACAGGUACAAAGCUGACGAUGGGGCUGGUCUUCCUACAAUCCCAGUGCAUCCCAUUGGCUACGAUGAUGCAAAACAUUUACUCAGGAACAUGGGAGGACAAGCCCCUCCAGAAGGUUGGAAGGGAGGCCUUGACAUCUCCUACAACAUUGGCCCUGGAUUCAUUGAAGCAUUCAACACAACAAAAGUGAAAAUGCACAUCUACACUAACAACAAGGUCACCAGAAUCUACAAUGUAAUUGGCAAAAUCCGAGGAGCCAAAGAGCCAGACAGAUACGUGAUCCUGGGAGGUCACCGAGACUCGUGGGUAUUUGGUGGCAUCGAUCCAACUACUGGGGCGGCUGUCGUCCAUGAAGUUGUACGAAGUGCUGGGAAAUACAUGAAAAAAGGCUGGAGACCCAGAAGGACUAUCAUAUUUGCUAGCUGGGAUGCUGAAGAAUUUGGACUGUUAGGCUCCACAGAGUGGGCUGAGGACAAUGCCAAAAUACUUCAAGAAAGAGCAGUUGCCUAUAUUAAUGCAGACUCCGCUAUUGAAGGUAAUUACACCCUGAGGGUUGACUGCACACCAUCACUCAACACGCUGGUCUAUAACUUGACUAAACAGAUUGACAGUCCUGAUGAGGGCUAUCAUGGUAAAUCUCUCUAUGAAAGCUGGCACAAAAAAGAUAAUUGGACUACGUAUCAGGAUGCACCCAGAAUCAGCAAGCUGGGAUCUGGCAGUGACUUUGAGGCGUACUUCCAAAGGCUUGGGAUUGCCUCUGGAAGAGUGAGAUACACUAAAAACAGUAAAACUGAAAAAUACAGCAGCUACCCAGUAUACCACAGUGUCUAUGAAACAUUUGAGUUGGUGGAAAAAUUCUAUGACCCGUCCUUUAAACAACUCUUAGCAGUGGCUCAGGUCCGUGGAGGUCUGAUUUUCGAACUGGCUGACUCUGCUUUGCUCCCAUUUGACUUCAACGCGUAUGCAGAAGCAUUGAGGACCUACGCAGACAGCAUAUUCAGCCUGGCUAAUAAACAUAAACCAAGUCUUGACACAUUUGAAGUCACAUUCGAUUCACUUUUCUCAGCUGUGAAAAACUUCACAGAGGCUGCACAAGAUUUCCAUCUUCGUAAGAAGCACUUGGACAUGAGCAAUCCCAUGGCACUGAGAAUGGUGAAUGAUCAGAUGAUGUACUUGGAAAGAGCAUUCAUCGAUCCCCUUGGAUUACCAGGAAGGCCAUUUUAUAGGCACAUUAUUUUUGCUCCAAGCAGCCACAAUAAAUACGCUGGGGAGUCUUUUCCAGGAAUUUACGAUGCCAUGUUUGAUAUAGAAAAUGCAAAAGACCAAUUAAAAGCCUGGGAGGAAGUUAAAAGACAGAUCUCCAUUGCAGCUUUCACAGUGCAUGCUGCAGGCAUGACUCUCACAGAAGUGGUGUGAACAGAAGAACUCUAAAACCACAGUGUGCACUAACUUUGACUUAUAUUGUUUAUGAAUAGAAAUUGAUCACCCACUAAUUGUCUAUGCAUAUACUGUAUUUUAGAACUGUUUUUUUUUUUUUU